UUAAAAUGGAUGGAGCUGCGCCAAACUUUUUGUUGCCGCCACCAAACUUUAACCAGAAUAUUAAGGAUGUGGGAAAAACUCAGCCAUUAUAUUUAACGCCAUGUGGAAUGACGCUGCUCCCACGGAGCAAGCAACCUCCGCCAAUGUAUGGAGCACGAGGUAGCACCGUUCCAGCAAAAUACCUGACCGAAGAGCGACAGAGUAAUUACGUGGCCCCGCCAAUACUGCCGCCGAUUUAUACAGCCCCGCCCCAGCCACAAUCAUGUAUCAACUGUAACAUGCAGCUGGCGACAGCGCAAGACAUGAAGAGGCAUUUGGAACAGCACGAAGACUGUCCUGCGGACGGCUGUGAUUUUACCGCUUUGACAUCUAUUUUGGAACACCAUAUAGAGACCCAGCACAUUACAGGCCUGUACAAGACCGUGAAGAAAGCAUGGACAGCAGAGGACAUAGCUGCUUGGCGUGCAGAACGACGGAAAAAAUAUCCCACCACUGCGAAUGUGGAGCAAGCCAAACGUGCCCUAGAGCAACGUAUAAAACGGGGUGAACGCUUGGAAGCUUCAAAGGCGCGUUUUGGCAAGCGCGAAGACCGAAGACGGACACAGCCGCAAGUACAUAAAGACCAACCUCGACCCAAAAAGCGACAAAAAAAGAUUGCUAGCAAACGUGCAGACAAGGUAAAGCAAGGAAAACCCACAUUGAAGUCACCACCAGAUGUUAGUCCGAUGAGCGUUCCCAUGUUUGGCGGCACUAGUAAAAUGACAGACUAUAAGCAUUCUAAGAGUGAAGUUCCAGCCAAAGUUGGUGCAUUGCGCAUCUUGAGCAUGUAUGGCUCUGACAGCGAAGAAGAGGACGAAGAAGAGAGCGAAGUGGAGGACUGUGCGAUGGAGUCGACCAGUUUGAAAGAUUCAGAGAAAUGCUUUGAUACUCCAGCUACAACCGCCUCAGCUUCAGAAAUAGACCAAGAACCAACACUGCUAGUGGCUGCUGUAGAAGACGCAACCAACGUGGAGAUCAGCAAGGAACCACCAGAAAACAACAAGGAUAAAUUAGAGGGUAUCAACGAGCAACAGCCAAUUAACGAAGAAUUUUCUUCAGAUGAAGGACCCGAUGAAGUCCCGAUAGAACGUAAAACUGAAGAGCCCCUUCCGGUACCAACAAUACAAAACUCUCAAGCAGCUCAGGAGAAAGCGCAGUCCAGCGCUAAGGUUGCCGACAAACGGCCAGUAGUGCAGCGAAAGAAACGAUUUUAUGGUCUGAAUUAUAAGCGGGCACGUCAACUACGCAGCCAGAACACAAUGCUGGAGAAGUUACUAGUCUCAGACAUACGCCACGAACGAAAUGUUCUGCUGCAGUGUGUCCGGUAUGUGUGCGAGCAAAAGUUCUUCGGCAUCGGUAGCAAAAACAUAGAAUCUAAAGACGGAAAUAUUUCAAAUACAACUUAAUUUUAAUGUGUACA